AUGCGGCCGUCGUGUCGUGCAGCCGUCGUGGCCUUCGAGUUCCGAGACGCUCCCGGCAGCCCCGAGACGCCUGGGCCUGCCACACAGAGCCCCACCUCGUCCCACGCGCCCCCGCGUGCACACGGCUUCCCGGUCUUCUUUGGCAAUGUGGAUUCAUCUGGAAUAAAACACAAUAUUUUUAACCCUCCAAUUAUUGCUCGGUACAUCCGUUUGCACCCAACUCAUUAUAGCAUUCGCAGCACUCUUCGCAUGGAGUUGAUGGGCUGUGAUUUAAACAGUUGCAGCAUGCCAUUGGGAAUGGAGAGUAAAGCAAUAUCAGAUGCACAGAUUACUGCUUCGUCCUAUUUCACCAAUAUAUUUGCCACCUGGUCUCCUUCACAAGCUCGACUUCACCUCCAGGGAAGAACUAAUGCCUGGAGACCUCAGGUGAAUGAUCCAAAAGAGUGGCUGCAAGUGGACUUCCAGAAGACAAUGAAAGUCACAGGAAUAACCACCCAGGGAGUAAAAUCUCUCCUUACCAGCAUGUAUGUGAAGGAGUUUCUCAUCUCCAGCAGUCAAGAUGGUCAUCACUGGACUCUCUUUUUUCAGAAUGGCAAAGUAAAGGUUUUUCAGGGAAACCAAGACUCCUUCACACCUGUGGUGAACUCUCUAGAUCCUCCACUGCUGACUCGCUACCUUCGGAUUCACCCCCAGAGCUGGGUGCACCAGGUUGCCCUGAGGCUGGAGGUCCUGGGCUGUGAGGCACAGCAGCUCUACUGAAGAUAGAACCCACCUGGCCCCCACCCCGCCCACCUCAGCUCCAGUCACUCCCUAACUUG